UUCACUUUUUUAUCUUUAUGUCAUUUCCGAAACGAAACCGUUUCGUUUCACUCUCCAUCACUUGUACCACCACCUCCGAUCGGGUCUCACAUUCCCGACCCGACCCGACCCUUUUCCUUCCUCUCACUGUAUUCAUCCUCAGCUUCUAGUAAUAACAAUAAAUUUAUGUGAUCGAUCUUUGAUCUGAUAGUGAAUGCUUUGGUGCUUAAGAUGAAUCCUCUAUGCUGCAUUGCUCCCGUUUCAAUCGAUCGGGACCGGUCCAACCCGGUGGUUGCCAAAUCGACGAGUCAUUGUCAGCUGGGGCUUGAAACGGCUGCCGUUAAGACCGUAAAACCGAGUUUUUCAACUCAGGUAUCUUCAGUUGGCACAGAUUCCGAUAAAUCUUCAGCGGCUAAUGCUGUUGUUGAGUUAGUGUCGGAAUCUCGAGACUCGAAACUGUACAGUGGAAAUGGCGGAGGCGUGAGUGCCAGCGUGGCAGGGAUUUUGUACAAGUGGGUGAAUUACGGUAAAGGAUGGAGAUCAAGAUGGUUCGUGCUUGAAGACGGAGUGCUAUCAUAUUACAAGAUUCAUGGACCGGAUAAAAUUUUGAUGAGUCCAGCUAGAGACAACAGUGUAAAAGUGAUCGGAGAAGAUUCGGUUAGGUUUUUGAGAAAGGCUAACUGGAACUGUUAUCGUCCGGGCUCGGCAGCUCGGCAGUGCAAACCAUUCGGUGAAAUUCAUUUGAAGGUAUCUUCAGUCCGUGCAAGCAAGUCAGAUGACAAAAGGCUUACCAUAUUCACAGGAACAAAGACACUUCACUUGCGUUGUAUAUCUAGAGAGGACAGAGCUCUGUGGAUUGAGGCACUGCAGGCUGCUAAAGAUCUUUUCCCUAGAGGGUUGACAAGCGUUGAUUUUUCACUGUCUGAAGAUAUUGUUGUUUCAACUGAGAAACUACGGCUACGAUUAUUGCAAGAAGGCGUUGGCGAGGCAGCUAUUAAAGACUGCGAGUCUAUUAUGCUCUCUGAACACUCUGUGCUGCAAAACCAGCUAAAUUCUCUUCAACGUAAACAUAUGAUGCUAUUAGAGACAUUGAGGCAACUAGAGACGGAGAAAAUAGAGCUGGAAGCUACUGUAGUGGAUGAGACAAAGGAACGUGAUUCUUUCUGUGGACAAGGGAAUAGAAGAUAUAGUGAUUUCUAUUCUGUCAUGUCUGAGGGCAGUGGAACUGAUUCUGAAGCAGAUAAUGAAAGUCGUGAUGGAGCAGAUGUUGAAACAGAUGAAGAUGAUGGAACAUUUUUUGAUACCAAUGAUUUUUUGUCUUCAGAGGCUCUAAGAAGUGCUUCUUAUCGGAGUAGGGAAGCUUCAGGAAAUGCUUGUAUAUAUGACAAAGAAUUAUUCAUUUCUGAUCGUUUACGAGGUGUUGAGAAUGAAAUCAGGCUAAUAAAAUAUCCAUAUGUUAAAAGAAGGGAUAAUUUGCCAGAACCAAAGGAAAAAGAGAAGCCGGUUGGCCUGUGGUCAAUUAUCAAGGACAAUAUUGGAAAGGAUUUAUCUGGAGUAUGUCUCCCUGUUUAUUUUAAUGAACCACUUUCUUCACUGCAGAAGUGCUUUGAGGAUUUGGAAUAUUCAUACUUGGUUGAUCUGGCGUUGGAAUGGGGAAAGCAGGGAAAUGACUUGAUGAGAAUUUUAAACAUUGCGGCUUUUGCUGUAUCUGGCUAUGCAUCAACAGAAGGCCGGCAGUGCAAACCCUUCAAUCCUCUUCUUGGGGAGACCUAUGAAGCUGACUAUCCAGAUAAAGGACUUCACUUUUUUUCUGAAAAGGUGAGUCACCAUCCGAUGAUUGUUGCUUGUCACUGUGAGGGAAGAGGCUGGAAAUUCUGGGCAGACUCUAAUCUCAAAGGCAAAUUUUGGGGGCGGUCUAUUCAGCUCGACCCUGUUGGUGCCCUAACCCUGCAGUUUGAAGAUGGUGAGACCUUCCAGUGGAGCAAGGUCACCACAUCCAUAUACAAUAUCAUACUUGGGAAAAUUUAUUGUGAUCACUAUGGUACCAUGCGUAUUAAGGGCAGUGGGAACUACUCCUGCAAACUCAAGUUCAAGGAACAGUCCAUUAUAGACCGAAAUCCCCAUCAGGUUCACGGAUUUGUGCAAGACAAUAGAACUGGAGAGAAGGUGGCGAUGUUGGUGGGUAAGUGGGAUGAAGCUAUGUACUAUGUGCUGGGAGAUCCAACUACGAAACCGAAGGGGUAUGAUCCAAUGACUGAAGCUGUGUUGCUGUGGGAAAGAGGCAAAUCUGUUACCAAGACAAGAUACAAUCUCACUCCGUUUGCAAUGUCCUUGAAUGAACUGACCCCUGGCUUAUUGGAUAAAUUGCCUCCAACUGAUUCAAGGCUGAGGCCAGAUCAGAGACACUUAGAGAAUGGAGAAUAUGAGUUGGCAAAUGCUGAAAAGCUGAGGCUGGAACAUUUGCAGAGACAGGCAAGGAAGAUGCAAGAGAGGGGAUGGCAGCCAAGAUGGUUUCAGAAGGAUGAAGAUGGUUGCUAUCGUUACAAAGGUGGGUACUGGGAAGAAAGAGAAAAGAAGAAUUGGGAUGGAAUUCCUGAUAUAUUUGGCCAGAGCAGCGAUUCACCUUCGAUACUGGUGGAAGAGUAGAGGCUGUCUUUGGGCUCUCAGGGCUCUUUAAGUAAUUGCUGUCUUUCUGUUUCCCUUGUUUUUCUGAGCCCUCCCUUCAGUCUCUUCUACUAAUAUCAACUUAAAAAUCAAAAUGUGAGUUCAGAUGUAGCUUUUGUUAAGUUAUAAAGGAGCUUCCUUGAGGUGUAUUUCUCUUUUUUCUUGAUCUUCUUGCCAUCAAACAUUCCCUCACUAGCAGCCUGCACGAUACUGACCUUAAUAAUUUUGAAUCUUUGAUCACAGGUGGGGUUUUUGUUUAUACCCAUAACUAACCUGAAAUUUAACUUUGUUUUGAUUUUAAACCCCCGCAGUAGAAUUGAGAUAUAUAUGUACUUAUAUACAAUGUUUUAAAACCCAGCUCGGCUCGGCCGAUUUGAUCGA